UAUAUAUACCCCUAGACGGAAGUAGGUCUGCCCCUAGUUGCCGAGGUAUCUCUUCUGGCUUGCCCCCCUUCACAGCUGGCCGCAGCUGGCAGAGAAGGCCCAGAUUAAGGAGAAGGGGACAGUGUUCACAAAUCUGGGCAGGAGCUGAGGCGCUGAUCAUCUAACCACACCUGGUUCCUAGUGUACAGAAUAUGAGGGGCCACCCCUCUGUGCUGGUGCUAUACCUGGGAUUGACCACCUGCCUGGACACCUCAGCCAGUGUGGAGCAAGACCAAGAAGUCUUCCUGGACUCUCCAGAAGCUCAGAGCUUCCUAGGCAGCCGUCGCCGGAUUCCACGAGCCAAUCACUGGGACCUGGAGCUGUUCACUCCAGGGAACCUGGAAAGGGAGUGUCAGGAGGAGAAGUGUUCCUGGGAAGAGGCUCGGGAGUACUUUGAGGACAAUACUCAGACGGAGCGCUUUUGGGAGAACUACAUCUACAAUGGCAAAGGAGGGCGUGGACGAGUGGACGUAGCAGGCCUGGCUGUGGGGCUGACAUCAGGCAUCCUACUGAUUGUCCUGGCUGGUCUGGGAGCCUUUUGGUAUCUGCAUUACCGGCGGGGCCGGGGCCAGCAGCCCUGUCCUCAAGAGGCCGAGCUAAUCAGCCCCCUGAGUCCCCUGAGCUCGCCGGGCCUGCCGACGCCCCUACCUCCACCCCUACCCCCAGGUCUCCCCACCUACGAGCAGGCCCUGGCGGCCUCUGGGGUGCACGACGCACCUCCGCCCCCCUACACCAGCCUCAGGAGGACCUGCUGAAGAGCUGCUUCGGAGCCGGGGUUCUCCGAACUGUGCCCCAGAUUCGCACCGGAUUCCGGAAACCCCCAGGCGUCUUAAAAGUCCAGAGCCGAGCUUAAGGGGUGAUGGGAGUAGGGGUCGUCCGGCUAGAGGCCUACUCUAGCACACGUGUUUCCGCCGCGUACGCGUACACGCAAGUUCCCGGGUAACGUGUUCCCGCGUCCCUCGCAGGCCCCCCCAUCUGACGGUGGGGCUACCAGCCAGCCCCGCCCCGGGGUAGGCGUGCUUGGAAACUCGGACCCUGGUGCGCAGGCUGGUUGUGCAGACUUAAGUGUGAGCAGGUGUGACAGCCAUCGCUCUCAGUGUCACGGGCCACUCACACGCAUGACCCUGCCUGUGCACACGCGCGUCUUCGUGCGCUCCCCGGGAGUGCACAGGGGCACUUUGCAAUCCAGGGAAAGGGUGGGGUACAUUUGCAAGCGUGUUCGGUUGGGCGCAGGCUCGCACUGCACCUGGGGGACUUGGGUUGAGCUCUUUCCCUAAAUAAAAACCCGUUGGAAAAAGACCCCAAAAAGUGAGAUGAUGCAAAAAAAAAACCCCAAUCAAAUAAACUGAACCGCGCUCUCGGGCGCGUCUGCGCACGGCA